AUGCUUCAAGAAAGAUUCCAACAAUUUGCCCGUGAUACUGAAAAUAUUGGAUCUGAACGUGUCGCAAAUGCCAACGAUGGUUGUGAUGCUUUGAUUGCCAAUGGACACACUGAUGCACCAACAAUCGCAUUAUGGAAAGAUUCGUUGAAUGAGGCAUGGGAGAAUUUGUUGGAAUUGAUGGAUACACGCGCUCAAAUUCUCGAAGCUUCUCGACUUUUGCACAAAUUCUAUCACGAUUGCCGCGAUUGUCUUUCGAGAAUUAUGGAAAAAACACAUGCGAUGCCAGAAGAUUUGGGAAGAGAUUCGAGCAGUGUCGGAGCACUUUCAAGAAAACAUCAAAAUUAUUUGAAAGAUAUUGCUGCGAUUGGUGAACAAGUUCAACAAAUUGAACGAGAUGCUGCAGAACUUCGUGAUGGUUAUGCUGGAGACAAAGCUUUGGAUAUUGGAGCAAGAGAAAGUGAAGUUGUAAAAGCAUGGAGACAUUUGAGAGGAUUGUGUGAUGCAAGAACAUCUAGAUUGGUUGAUACAUCUGACUUGUUCAAAUUCAUGAGUAUGGUUCGCGAUUUGUUGUUAUGGAUGGAUGAAGUGAAACGAGAAAUGAAUUCGCAAGAAAGACCAAAGGAUGUUAGCGGUGUCGAAUUGUUGAUGAACAAUCAUCAAUCAUUGAAGGCUGAAAUUGAUGCCCGUGAGGACAAUUUCAACGCGUGUAUUUCACUCGGACGCGAUUUACUCAAUCGCAAACACUAUGCUUCCAGUGAAAUUGAGAAGAAGCUCAUUAAAUUGACAACUGAAAGAGCUGAAAUGAUGAGAAGAUGGGAAGACAGAUGGGAAUAUUUGCAACUCAGUAAGUUGAAUUUUAUAAUGAAAAUCAUUCUUGAAAAAAAUCCCACGUUUUUUUGCAGUCUUGGAAAGUGUAUCAAUUUGCUCGAGAUGCGGCGGUUGCCGAAUCUUGGUUAUUCGCACAAGAACCUUAUCUUAUCUCUAGAGAAUAUGGUAGAAAUCUUGAGGAAACUAUCAAACUUAUUAAGAAACAUGAAGCGUUUGAAAAAUCGUCAACAGCACAAGAAGAACGAUUCUUGGCAUUGGAGAAAUUGACAACGGUAAGUGAAGAGAGUGCAGAGAAAAGAAGAUAGAAAACAGCCAGCAUGUGAAUUUGAUUUUGGAAUGGGAGAGAAAAAGGGACGGUGGCUUAGUCGGUUAGCGCAUGUGUUUUCGAAUCUCGAGGUCAGGGGUUCGAUCCCGCGCUGCCGCUGGUCUCGAUGAUGAUAACACUCAGCUCACUCUUACGUAAACCGUGGUGAUAACUUCUUUCCCCGUCUUAGAGAUCAUUUUAUUUUUUGGUUCUAAUUCAACCUAAUUUAUUGUGAUUUUGCAGUUCGAAUUGAAAGAUUUGCAACUUCGUGAAGAUGAGGCAUCGAAACGACGUGGUGGACCAGCUCAUAUUGGAAGCCCGUCUCGAUCAACACCAGCCGCGGAAGCAUCAUUCUCUGCACAAGAAGAUGGUGAGUAAUUUUAUUUUCAUUUUUUAUCGGUUUGCUGUGCACUCUGUUUUCUUUGUUGUGUUGAGAGCCCCAUUUCAGAUGCGGAUAUCACAAUGAGCAGUUUGGAUAGUCACCGGAAAGCAUCACUUGGUUGGAUUUUCAUUUUAUAUUUAUCUAGAUUUCUCAUUUCUUUAAAAUUUGUUUCUGUUCUUGUAGUGUUGUGCUUUGAUUUUCAGAACGUCGACAAUUGGCACAUUCUGAAUCAAGCAGUUGGAGGAAAUCGCUGGCAAGAGCGCCGAAGUUUGAUCGAAAUGAUCCAAAGGGUACGCUAGUUUUUUAUUUAUUUUGUUGUAGUGUAGUGCUUUCUAUACUUUUGUGAAAGUGAAAAAUAAUGAGAAUCUUCUUCAAUUUUAUUUUAUUACGAUUAAAAUUUAGGAGCUAAACAAGGCGAUACUUUCGAGGGAACACUUAUUCGAAAGCACACCUAUGAGAGUCUCGACAAAAAAGCAGCAAAUCGAUCAUGGGAGAAAUUAUUUGCUGUAUUACGGCAAAACGAACUAUCGUUCUACAAAGAUUCAAAACAUACGUAAGUUUAAAAUAAUCUUGGCAGUUUGAAAAUUGAUUUUUUGUCUUCGUUAUACUGCGACAAAAACGCUAUUUUAUGUCCGAAUUGUAGAACAAGGAUUGGAGGCCGAGGAGUUUAUUUGGAGAAAACAUCCCCCUCCUCCUCGUCCUCCUCGUCCUCCUCGUCCUUCUCUUCCAUAAAAUAACGAAUUUUUUUGUAGAGAAGAAUCAGCGCAUGGUGAACCACCGAUGUCUCUACCAGGAUGUUCGGUGAAUGUUGCCAGUGAUUAUCAAAAGAAGAAGAAUGUGCUAUCUUUGCGAUUACCUGUUGGAGCUGAAUAUUUAUUACAAUGUUCGAGUGAUGAUGAUAUGCAACGAUGGUUGACUGAAUUGCAAGUUGCAACUGGACAAUCGCAUUUAGAGGAGGCUAGCAGAUCACAAACAUUACCAGGUAAGAGAUUUUGAAAGGGAUUUUUAUAGGGUUAACUUAUUGAAUAGAUUAAUUUCACGAUUCUAGAUAUAUUUUUUUUUUCAUUUUAACUUCAACUAAUUUUCAUGGGUUAAAAAUGUUUAAUUUUGAAAUAAAUAAUUUUUUAUUUUACAAAAAAUAAUUAUACUUUUCCCAGGCUCAAAUUUCAUUUACCAAAAAAAAACUUCUUGAAAUUUUCUCGAAUUUCAUGUUCAAAAAACAUUUUCCCAGAAAAAAGUUGGAACAUUUUGAAUUAAGCUAAAUUUUUCAGGGUGAUUUUUGAGCCGGAAUGUCGGAAUACUUUUUAAAAAAUAUUUGGCCUGUUUUAAAAUUUUUCCCUUGUGUGAAAUAUGUGAAUACUGAAAUAUUCUCACUUUUUACUCUUCAAAAUUCAUUUUUUUUCAGCUGAAGGUGGUUCGUCAACAAAACAAAAGAAGGGUGGAUUCUUCUCGCGAGGCAAAAAAUAG